AUGUCUUCAGGCAGCGCUGCUCGUGGCUUGUCGCCAAGUACCUUCAGUCUCGACGAGUACGGUCUGGCAGAGAGCGACACUGCAGCUGGCCCCAACAAGAUGACGUGCUUCUUGUGUGAGGAGGAGGAGUUCUGCACCAAGGAAUGGCGCAGCAUCAUGCUCUCUUCGAGGUGCUGGAAUGCGGUUCGAGCCCACCGUUUGCAGCUGAAGGGCAACGCGAAGGCCCUCAAGGACUCUGCAGACCUGGUGCGAUCGGAUCCCGAUGCGUGGCGAGCUCAGGUGAAGCCCUACAUCGCAAAGGAUACGACGAGCCGUAAGAUCGCUCGGACUGAGACGCAGAAACAGCUCGUUGUGCAGCAGACGACUGACAGGAGUAUCGAGUCGAAGCGUGAGGGGAAAAAGACUGAGUUCUACAGUAAGAGGCACUUCAAGUCGCACAGGGCCUUCUGGGACAAGGUCGAGUCAGAUGACGCCAGCGAGGAGUUCGACGCAAUGCAGGACGCAGACCCCCACUUCGACAGCGACGGUGAGGCAGUCCAGCCCCUCAAGGCCCGCAAGUACACGAGAGAUGAGGUGGGCCGCGACAAGACUGUUGGCAAGGUGACGCAGAGCAUCCUGGAGGGCGAGGGUGGCAACGCUGAGCCUAGCAGGAGCCCACCAAUCGUCAAUAUUCGUGAGCUGAUGGGUCUCGGUGACCUCCCGUCUGGCCACCUGGAGAAUGUUCCUCGAGGCGGGUCGCCCUUGCGAGGCUUGGCCGCCAAGCGCGACAGGAUGGACGACGAUGGAGCGUCGGUGAAGACCAAGGCCCCGAGGAAGGACAUCAAGUCGAAGAUCGAGGAUGGCAACGAGGAGGCGCUCUUUCUGGUUGCUAAGGAGGAGAUCGCAGAGAGCUGCGACAAACUGCUCAAGAAGCACAGUGGCGCGAAGUCGAUGUCGCACAAGCUGCAGGCCCUCGUGAGAAAGCACUCGCAGAAUGCUGAUGCUCCAGAUUGUUCUCAGAUCAUCAAGGACUAUGCGACGCACGUGAAGGAGGUUGAGGACAUCAAGGGGCCAAACCUGAAGGAUCUGAAGGCUGAUGGCGUGGAUGCUCUCAGGUCGAGGGUGACCGCAGUGGCGACGAAGCUCGAUGAGCUCGAGGAGCUGGCCAAGAAGAAGACGACGACGUUCUGCGUCAUGGACUCGACCGCCAGGAAGGCGCAGCGCACUGAGUACUUGGCAGUGCGCCACCAGAAGACCAAGGUUGCGAAUGCCUUGACUGCAGGCGGCUACCACGCGAAGCAUGCCAAGGUCGUUGGCAGCAUCGUGUUCGAGAGCUCUGGCACUCCGCUGACGGCUGAAUUGACUGGAGUGCAGUACAAGAUCGUCAACGUGAACCCUGCAGAGCUGAUUCCUUCAGAGAUCUGCGCCUGGGCCAUGGGCGAGUCGAAGAUGUGGAAGGUGCGCUCGGAGAUCAUGGACAAGUGUGGGCAGGCUUCCAUCGAGAAGAGGACGGCGCUUGACUCGCAGAUGGACACAACGAAGUGGGCUGGGGCUCUCACGCGCGUGACCUCCGACUUGACGGGCGUGGACUUCCAGCUUCCGGAGUCGGCUGGCGAGCUCUUCAUGAAGGACAACCACCCGAGCAUCGUGACGCUGCGCCGCGACGCCUGUCGCAGGGGACCUGCGGCAUUCAACAUGUCGGGUGCUGGCUGCUACGUGACGACGUUCAGCGAGCCGAUCAUCUUCAUGGUGUACAAGAUCGAGGAUCUGCUUGCGCAGGGCAUCGUGAUCUCCAACCUGCCAGGGUUUCUGCAGAGUGAUGCGGGCGCCGAGUUCAUGAACUCGAAGGCUUGCGCGAUCUUCACUUUGCCGAAGAUGGCGAUUGCGUGGAUCCCUCGGGGCUUCUUGUACACUGCCGUGUACUACAAUGGGGCGCCCGCGAACGACAAGGAGGCUCCGAAGUGGGCCCACUUCCUUUCGGUGACGGUCCUGGCGACAGGUCUCGCGCAGAUGAUCCCAAAGCCAGUGUUCGCAGCCCUGAACAAGGAUCUCGAUGAUCAUUACAAGCAGGAGAGCGCGCAGGUGUGGAAGCAUCGGGCUGCUGUGUGGGCUGCGUUUUCGAAGAAAAUCCUCGAUGUUUGA